UAAAGUGGGUGAUUGUGUUACUGGCACUUAAUUUUAAGUUUACGUUAGUUUUAGUUAAUAUUAUUGAAAAUAAUCUUCAUUUAAUCAUUCACAUAAUCUUUAGACGUAAGAUAUAUAUAAUCGUACAGCUUCAUAGUUUCUACGUGUAUAAAAUAAACACGAACAGAUAAGAGAAACAUAAAUAUUGUGUCUAAGAUAUGGUCGUUCUGUUUGUGUGCAAGAUAAUUAAGAAACACGCGUUUAUGUGGCGAUAACCCUUGAACCAGAAGAAACUCUAGUAUUGAAGAUAAUCCCGAAGUGUUAUUGAAGAAUUACUUACAACUUCUAGUACGCGCUAAGCGUCAUUAAUAGAUCUUCAUUAUAGUAUAAACAAGUAUACUUUACUAUGAAGAUAAGAAAUACAAGGCUUAUAUAUCCACAUCGACACUACAACAUUUAAGAAUGUGUGCUGCGAUCGACAUGUUGUCAUCGGAACCAAUGUUCUACGGGCACAGUCCGCCGGCCGGGUUCCUGUCGGACUACACGCACACGCCGACAAUCAGAAGACCGACCAAGCUUACAUCCAGAGGAUACUCAGCCCCGUGUCUGGCUACAUUGAAACCUGUGCAACUAACUUUGAAGUCCGCCCCUCGAUCCUGCAUAAAGGGAGACGAUAAGAAAAGGAAGCAUGUUGUCUUCGCUGACGACAAAGGCUACGCGCUGGAGCAAGUGAGGUUCAUGACUGAACCGUCCCACGUGCCUCCUUACUGGGCUUUGAAAAUCGUCGCCAGCCCACCAUUAGAGCGGAAACCACCGCCCCAACCGGUGGUAGACCUUUGGGAAUGCCGUUUCGUGCAACCAGCAUCGGAUUAUUUGGAGUUUCGCAGGAGAAUAACAGAGGAAUGUGUUGCCUUGGAGAAUGUGAUAGUGAAACACAGUGAAGGUGCUUUAGAUGGUACGGUUAAAGUGAAAAACUUGGACUUUUCCAAGGAGGUCUUCGUCAGAGCGUCUUCUGAUGGCUGGAGUACAAGUGAGGAUACGUACUGCGCGUUUGUGGAAUCAGGUCCUUUGGGCAGUAACGGUCAGUCGCUGUACGAUACAUUCGGGUUCAGAAUCCAGCUCCCAAUACAUUCCAGAAGGCUGGACUUCUGCGUCUGCUUCCGAUGCAAAGGGGAGGAGCAUUGGGAUAGCAACAACGGGAGCAACUACACGGUGGAAAAAUCAUCAGUCAGAAAGGCCCCAGCUGUCUCCUGCGCGAGGAUAAAGUAUGGCAACUCCUGGACAGCUCGCGCAGACCUCAACGGCAACACUCCCUACUGGUGAACGGAAUUUGGAAUUCUUGAAUUUGAAUUUGAUAAUUCUUGAAUUUGAAUUUGAAAGUUCUUGAAUUUGAAUUUUAAAAUUCUUGAAUUUGAAUUUGAAGAUUCCUCUGAAUUGGAUUCGCCCGGAUUCCAGGUGUUAAAUGCUGUGCUCGAAUUAGUACCUGAUUUGAAAUUUUUGGUCUGAUGGUAAGUUCUUGCAUAAAUUUAAAUAAAUAGUUUAAUUUAUAUUAAUGAAGAUGGAAAUUUUUCAUUGUCGUAUGAACGGUAGUGCGUUGUUCUCAGAAAUGGUUUCGGUGGUUAAGAGGCGCAAAACUUAUGUGAAAAGAGCUUUGUUACAUAACCUUUAGGCAGGUAAGACCAGAGUACAAGAAAGAACAAUUUUAAAAAGAAAUAUCCUAAUUAAAAUGUCUUAUAGGUACAGUCAUGAGCAAUAUAAUGUACCUACUUUAGGACUCUGUCGCACUAACAUAUUUGACAUUUAGUGAGACUUACAGUUCAAUUUGUCAAAAAAGUUAAUGUGACAUGGUACCAAAGUGUAUACAUAUUAAUGCUCGUGACCAUACACAUCUGUGUAUGAACAUUUGUUAUCAACGAAUACGACUCAACUAUAAUAAACAUUUCAACAAAAAUAUGCACACAAUAUAGAUAAAAUUAGUUUGCGCAUAAAUGUACUAUCGUGCUGUGUAGGUGUUUAAGACAAAAAUAAACAUUUAAAAAGUUGAAAGCUUGUCUUGUUUUAUGAGGUCGACUGGCAAUGUCAUGAUUUCUGUAUUUGGUUAUCACGCCAUCGUCUGACCAGUGUGAACAUGUUAUAUUUCUUAUUUUUAAUUGGUUAUUGGUGCUAAUUCCUGUAAAUACCAUCUAAUUUUACUUUAAGUUAUAUCUGUCAUUUUCUUAUCCGCCGAAAAGGAAAGGGACGGGUAAUCGACAAGCAUAAAAUUUAUGGAACACGCUUCGAUUUAGGCAAAGUUUUAUAUUGGCCACUAAACCGACACAAUUAAGUUGACAGCACACGUCAAACGGAUUGCAUAUGAACGAGAUGGCUAUUUCAUUCACCCGGGUUAUUCUUUCAUUUUAAAAUUAACAGUUGUCGAUCAAUCGUCCCUUUCUUUUUAAUAAGAAAAUGACAGGUAUAAUUUAAAAUAAAAUUAGGUGUCUGCAGGAAUCGUGGCCAUUAAAUACUAAACCUGAUUGGCUAAGGCCAAAGCUGCAGUAGAUGUAAUACUAUGUACCUCUGCCGACCCCUUUGGGGAUACAGGCGUGAUUCUAUGGAUCUGUCGAAUCGCGCUAGCGGCCAGGUUCAAUUUUAAUUCUAAACCUUAGCCCCAAAACUCAUCAAAAUCAGUCUAGUCGUUUAGGAAUUUAGUAACAUACAAACGUAUAUAAGAAUUAUAAAUGUCAAGAGAUUUUCUCGGCGCCAUUGAAUAAGGAAUAACGGCAACUCUCCGCUCCCCACCAGAGCCGAGCUAGGUUUACCUCACCCCCUCGGUCUUACUUUAGUCUCCAAUCGUAUUGCGUCAGACGUCACACGCAGAUGCACGUGUACGAUAACGUCAAUGUAGUGUCUGCGUAAAACGAGGUGUUUAGUGCACCCUGUAAAGGACGUGGCGUGAAGAUUAGCAAAAUAAAUGUCUAUAACGUGUUGGCUGUCAUAAAUAAUAUACUGGGUGUUAGUGACAUCGUAACGAAUACUCAGAGGGAUGAUUCAGACCAUGAUUCUGAGUUAAUAUCAAGUGGAAUUUUCCGCCGCAAAAUUCAUGUUAUUUUUUUAGUUUUUUUAAAUUAUUUUCAAUUCUAUACUUUUGCAAUGGAAAAUUCCACUUGAUAUUAACUCAGAAUAAUCAGCUGAAUCAUCCCUCAAAGUUUUCGUUACGAUGUCACUAACACCCUGUAUUUCUGAGCAAACUAAUCAGUAAUACGCAUUUAUUGAGAAACAUAUGUUUUAUAUUCAAAUCAAUAAAUGCUUAAAUUAUUGUGUGCAUAUUUUUUUAUCAGUUGUCUAUAUCUUUUAUGGUUAAAUAUGAGUUGAAAAAAGUAAAAAAUACAGGGUUUUAGUGUUAGUGUCAUACGUACGGUCACGAGUACUAAUAUGUAUACACUUUGAAACCAUUUCACAUUAUCAUUUUUGACAAAUUAAACCGCAAGCCUCAUUAAAUGUCAAAUAUGAUAGUGCGACAGGGUUCUAAAGUGGGUACAUGAUAUUGCUCAUGACUGUACUUGUAUGUACUUGUACCGGUGUAAGUGACAUCGUAACUAGUACUCAGGGGGAUGAUUCAGCUCAUUAUUCUGAGUUAGUAUCAAGUGGAGUUUACCAAAGCAAAAGUAUAGAAUUGAAAAUAAUUUAAAAAAACAAAAAUAUAAUGAAUUGCGACGGAAAAUUCCACUUGAAAUUAACUCAGAAUCAUCCCCUCAGUAUUCGUUACUAUUACUCAGGGGGUAGAUUCAGCUCAUUAUUCUGAGUUAGUAUCGAGUGGAAUUUACCAACGCAAAAGUAUAGAAUUGAAAAUAAUUUAAAAAACUAAAAAAAAACAUGAAUUUUGCGACGGAAAAAUCCACUUGAAAUUAACUCGGAAUCAUCCUCCUCAGUAUUCGUUAUCAUGUCACUAACAGCCUGUAUAUUACGUCAAAAAAUACAGUGUGUGCUACCCACCCCAUUAGCAUUAAACAUCCCCUCAAUCAGCGCUUAUCGCUAUCGACCCACUAGGGUCGAUUAAUUCCUUCACAUAUUUUUCCGCCUAGACGACGCCCUGAGCCGAGGUUCGCGCCCAACUGGGCACCCUCAGGCCUGUUGUCUUAAACGUUGUACCGGGUGAGAGCCUUCAGCGCUCCCCAUUUGUCCGGCCAAGUAGUUAAUGCCAUCUGCGGCAUAUCUACAAUAAGUCACGUCAAAAACAAAAACCGUAAACAUGUCAAAUACGUCAUUGCGGUCUACGUUACACAAGCCAUAACUAUAACUUCACUAAACGCACAGGAUUUGUCCGAUUUUAAGGUGUGUUUUGUCCACCCCCUUAGCUGCAGUCGCUUACAUCACAAUGGCUGUAUACGUCAUUGGAACUGCGUCGUAAUGACGUAUCUAUGGAGGAAAGCCAAGAUGUAUUUAGAAAAUGGUGUGGCACGAUGGAAUUCCUUGGAACUUAUUCAAUUAUUUUAUUUUUAGUUCGGAUAAACAUCGUGUGGAUAUGACACUAGAGGAUAACGUAGGUGGUUUAUUUAUGGCAGUCUUUUUCAAUGGUGGGUUAGGUUAUUUAGGGGUCGGCGGGGUCGCCUUAGCUGAACAGUAUGGAGAACUGACAAAAUUUAGGAACACUUAAACCUACAUUGGAGCUUCUAGUAUUUAUCCAUAAUCAUAAUAAUGACGGUAGCGCCGCAGCUGCGGUCUUCCGUGGACUAUAUUUUAAACCUGAAUGUGUAUGAUGCAAGUAUCCAUACAAAUUACAUUACAUCCAUACAAAAGUCAUAAAACAAGCCAAUGACACAUACUUGUACGGUCGACUACUGAUAUGUAUACACUUUGAAACCAUGUCACAUUAAAUUUUUGACCAAUUUAACUGUAAGUCUCAUUAAAUGUCAAAUAUGAUAGUGCGACAGGGUUCUAAAAUGGGUACAUGAUAUUGCUCAUGAUUGUACGUAAAUGCUUAUGAUGAUAUAAAUAAUGGGGAAAUUUUAAUGGAAAGAGUAAAUGGGUAUUUAUAAUGACUACAUUUUUAACUGCCUAGUUGGGCCAAUGUUGAAUACUAUUUUGAAUCAUAAUUAGAUUUUUUUAUGUGUAAAAGAGUUUAUAAUUAAAGUUUUUUAAUUGAAAAUCAAUAUACUUACAUGGAAUCGUAAUUCUAAAAUGAUGUUAAAUAGUUAUAAAUAUAAAACAAAUAUUAUAUUAAAAAUAAUUAUUAAAAAUGAAAUAGCAAGAUGAAAAUGUAAUAAUUUUAUUCGAAAUGAUUGAAAUUAAAUUAAUACUUAUAAAAAAUAAUUUAAAUAAUGAAAAAGUAAUUUACGAAUUACAGAAUUUAUAUUCGCCUUUUUCUAGUCAUACAUGUUCCCCUCGAAUUUAUUCAUUUGAUAAAUAUUAUUAUAUAUUUUCUAGAAUCUUGAUAAUAAUUAAAUUUUGUCAUUCGUAAAUACUUUUUAGGUAAUAAAAAUACUUACUUACAUACUAAAUGAAAAUUUUGUUAAGUGCCAAAUAAUGCCUACGUUAUAUUAUUCCAGGCUUAGCCAUUAAAAAGGGAUAAAUGUCACUUUUGUGAUGAAUAUCUGCCAAAUGUACACAAUAAUGGCAGCUUAAGGUAAUUUUGUUAGUCACCAAUGAAAUAUUGAAGAAAUGACCAUAUUUAUGUAAUUAGUUAGGAGUCGAAUACGGAUGAUCCCGAAUUCACUUUUUUGCUUAUAAUUAAUUGUUAUGAUAUUGAUAUAUUUUUUAAUAUUUACUGUAGAAAUAUGUAAGUGGAACACACGCCUAUGUAGGUGAUUAUUAUAAUGUUUAUGUCCAUCCAUAUUAUAUAAGUUUUAAAAAUAGAAAUGAAAAAAUAUUCCCAAACUUUUUCUUAAUGUAAGGUCGACUUAAAAGAGAUAUAAGGACAUAGAAGAGUAUAUAAAUGUCCUAUCUAGAAAUAAAAUAAUAUUUUUCAAGUAAACAUUUUUUUAAUUGUCAUUAGAAUAAUUAAAAAAGUAUUUUACUGAUUUUUUAAUCGUAAGUAAGACGUAAGUAUAUACAACGUUUUUGUUUAAAACAAAAAUGUUUGUGUAAUAUUAUGUUUUUGUAAUUAUAUUUUUUCAAUCGGCUAGAUUUUUUAUAAUUCCAUUUUUUUAUAUAAGAAAAAUGAUUGAUGUAUGUAAGUAAUUUAUAGAUAAUGAAUGAGCAUAUAUUUUUUGUAAAUUAAAUGUAUUUUCUUAAAGUUUAAAUGGGGGUUGUACAUUAUGUUUUUCUUUUUAUUUUUGUGUAUAAAAUGAAAGAACUGAUUAUUUGUAUAAUGUAAUUUAAUUAACAUUAAUUUCAAUAAAAAUGUUAUGAUUUAGAAACA